GGCGUUGCCUAUGUGAGGGGAUGCCUGUACCGUGUAAUGGAGUCUCAAUUGGUGAGCGGCCAUUGAGAGAGAAGGGAGCCCUGCUGAGAGGGGUCAGGGGGGCCUGGAACGGAGCGCCGUGUGUCGCCUUAUCGCUUUCUCUCCUCACGUUUUCGGCUUUCCCUUGUGUCGCCGGUUUAGUUUCCCGCUGUAAAGUUUUUUUCUUCUUCUUCACCGACGUGACCCUCCGCUGAAGGUUGGCCCGGGAAAAAUGGAGAUGAAGAAGCGCAUCACCCUGGAGUUGAGGAACAGGUCCCCGAAUGAGGUGACGGAGUUGGUUCUUGACAAUUGCCGGUCAGGUGAUGGAGAGAUAGAGGGCUUAAGCGAUAGUUUCAAAGAGCUGGAAUUUCUCAGUAUGGCGAACAUAGAACUGUCUUCUCUGGCAAAACUCCCACAGUUGACAAAACUCAGAAAGUUGGAGCUGAGCGAUAACAGUAUCUCUGGAGGACUUGAAGUAUUAGCGGAAAGGUGUCCUAAUCUUACUUACCUGAACCUGAGUGGUAACAAGAUUAAGGAUUUGAGCACAGUGGAAGCCCUUACAAAUUUAAAAAAUCUGAAGAGCUUGGACCUCUUCAACUGUGAGAUAACCAAUCUAGAAGACUACAGAGACAACAUAUUCCGGAAACUUCCACAGAUCACAUACCUAGAUGGAUUUGAUCAGGAAGAUAAUGAAGCACCUGACUCUGAAGAGGAUGAUGAAGAAUGUGAGGAAUACGAGUAUCCUGAGGAUGAGGAUGAUGAAGCUGGUCCUCCAGGGGAGUUUGAAGAGGAAGAUGAGGAGGAAGGAGAGUCUGAUUUAGGAGAGGAAGAGGAAGAAGUGGGACUCUCAUACUUGAUGAAAGAAGAAAUUCAUGAUGAAGAAGAUGAUGAUGAUUAUGUUGAAGAUGGUGGUGAUGGAGAAGAGGAGGAGGAGGAAGAAGAAGGAAAAAUGGGCAAGCGUAAGGAUCUGAGCGACUUGACCGACUUUGAGAAGGGCCAAAUUGUGAUGGCUAUGCGACUGGGUGAAAGCAUCUCUAAAACGGCAGGUCUUGUGGGGUGUUCCCGGUAUGCAGUGGUUAGCACCUACCAAAACUGGUCAGAGGAAGGACAACCAUUGAACCGGCGACGGCUGAUCGAAGAGGAGGAGCCAGUUGAACGGGGAGAGAAAAGAAAACGAGAUGCAGAAGAUGAAGGAGAUGAGGAUGAAGAUUGAAACAUUAUGUGUGGGAGGCUUGGACCAGUCUUUUCUGAGCCCUGGGGUUGAUGCUAGAAUGAUAAUGCAGAUCUGUAUGUCUCUACAUGUACAAUAGAUGUCCCUACAGAAUUUAACAUGUAACUUUUUUAUAGGAAAAGGUGUGGUUUUACGAUUUUUGUGCCCUUUUUAUCAUUCCAAAUAAAACCUUAUGAUCCUUUAAUAGCAGCAAUCUUAUCUAGAAACUUCCUUCUGACCCCCUUUGUCAUGAACUUUGUGACCCAGAAAGCUUUCCCAUAGCAAUUGGCAGGCUUUUAGGAGCGAACGGGUUUUAAAUCUGUAUUCAGAUGUGAAGUGACCCCUUUUUUGUUUUUCCUGUAAGGCAAAGUAUGAAGACUGUCAAAAGCUUAAUGCAAUACAGCGAGCAGUAACUGCAGCUUAAGUAAAACGUGCGCUAAUUUUUAUGAAAUAUGUACAAGAUGUUUUAUAACUGGAGGUGGGUUCUGGUAGAUGUGAGACCGGGCCUGUUGCUCUAGCGGAGGGCUAUCAGCUAAUGGAUUGUUCCUGUCUGCUGUGUUUUGGUGGCAAGAGUGGGAAUGCUUCCUGGGGACAACUAAUACAGAAAUUGGUACCAAAAAUAUUGUUUAACAUGUUAGAUACAUGUUACAUGGAAUCUUACCUGUAAUUCUGUACUGAAGUGUUUUGACUAGUUAGUGGGUGCUGGAGGGAAGUUCAAAAACGAGCACUUGCAUUGGCAAUCACUGAAUAAUCUGGGGCAUAUAAUAUUUCCCAGACACCACUUUACUGGCUCUCAAAUCCCAUUAUGAUGCUAUUCAGUGGGUAUAAAGAUAGUGACGGGGUGGUCUAUAACACAGUUUAAAGGGGUGCUCCACUGCUCAACGUUUGGAACAAACUGUUCCGAACCCUGGCACUGGGAGCU